AUGGCUCGUACUUGCUCUAAUUUUUUUUGGGUGACAAAGAAAAAUAUUCUGCUUUUUUGGCGUUCGUGGUUCCAGGCUAUCUUUGUAAUUGUUGUUCCUUUGCUCUUAGUAAGUGUUCUUGUUUUCUUACGUGGAAGGGCAACAAGAGAGGUAGUAAAACAGCCUUUAAAUUGGUCUUCCUUUCGUGUAGAUAGUGGUUUUUAUUUUUCUCAUAAAUAUGUGGCAUACGCUCCCAAUGAUACACUAAAUCUCCAACUCAUGAACGCGGUUCAUAUGUAUACGAAUUUACAACCUUUUGGCUUUAAAACGGAAGAUGAUGCUAUUGCGUUCUUUCAGAGCAAUGAUGUCAGAUCCAAAGAAACAUUAGGAGCCGUGAUCUUUGAUCCUUUUUCCAAUUUGAGUGUGGCAAGUUAUACCAUAAGACUUCGCUCAAAAAAUGACUGGUCUACGAGAGUGUUAUUCCCAAUGUUUUUCAAAGGCGGCCCAAGGUCUAAGGAUAUUGCAGCGUCUCCUCCAAACUAUAAGGAAGAAUUUUUAGUUUUACAAUAUGCUAUAGAUCGCUCCUUAAUCAACAUAAAUUGCAAAGUGAAUGAUUCCUCCCAAAAAUUGAAGGUCGUAUUACAACGAAUGCCGUUUCCACCUUAUAUCAAAGAUGAGUUUAUAAUUAUCAUCCAAAAGCAACUGGCACUUAUGUUGAUAUUGGGCUUCAUUUUCCCAACAUUGUAUUGCACUCGACUUAUCCUGAUCGAAAAACAACGAGGAAUGAAAGAAAUGUUAAAGCUCCUGGGAUUAGGAGAAUCAACGUAUUGGUUUUCCUGGCUGAUUACAAACUUGUUUGUGUUUACUCUCAUUAGCCUCUUUCUUAGUAUUUUACUCUGUUUCCAAUUAUCAGGAAAUGGCCCUAUUUUGGGGCUAUCAAAUCCAUUCCUUAUUUUUUUGUCAUUGCUCUUAUACGGUAUCAGUAUUUUUACGUUUGGAUUUGCUCUUUCUACUUUAUUCAACUCUGCUCAUACUGGUGUGGCAAUAGUUUGUACAGUUCUGAUUGUUAUCUCAUUACCUUACCCACUUUUGGAACGACAUUAUAAUGAACUAAACAUAUUCAUUAAAAUGUUUGCUUGUUUAUUACCCAGUUUAGGCAUGGGUUUCUUAUGCAUUUUAAUUGGGCAAUUCGAGGGCGCAGGUUUGGGUGUACAAUUCUCAUCUUAUUUCAAACCAGCUUCUCCAGAUGACAGUCUAUCUAUUCAUCUCCUCUGCUCAAUGUUUAUUUUCGAUUCUAUUGUAUUUCUGAUACUUACUCAUUAUAUAAGUGCUGUUUGGCCUGGAAAAUACGGUAUUCCCAAACCAUGGUACUUCCCAUUUCUCUGUUUAUGUAGGCGAAAACUAACUUUCGAAGUCCUGCUUGAUAACCCAAAGCCGAAUGAGAUGACAAGAAAUGUAAAAGAAACAACAAGAUUACUCUCUUUACCAAAUACUGAUGGUAGAAAUGAAGAGUUGCAAACAAACCAACAAAUAAACAUUAAUAAUACUGAGUUUAUUCCAUCAGAUCCAUUUCCUGAGAAAAACGAACCUUUACUUGAGCAUAAUGAUGAUGGCGAUGACACACUUGAACGACUAUCUGCACCAAGUUCGGACAUGCAUGAAUAUUUCGAAAGCGAACCUAUUGGUUUACAAGUUGGGAUUGCAAUUGAUCACUUAUGUAAAGUCUAUUCUAACAAGCAAUCUACGGUUGUUGCUGUGUCUGGUUUAACAAUGAACAUUUAUGAAGGCCAAAUAACUGUACUUCUAGGGCAUAAUGGGGCUGGUAAAACUACGACUCUAUCCAUACUGACCGGUUUAUAUCCACCCACUUCUGGUACAGCUUAUAUAUAUGGUCAUGAUAUUCGUAAUAAUAUAGAAGGUAUUCAUGGAAAUCUUGGUUUUUGUUCACAACACGACGUUUUAUACGACACAUUAACUGUUGAAGAACAUCUUUAUCUGUCUGCUCACCUCAGAGGCUGUGAUAAUUCCACUGUCGAACAACAAGUGGAAAGAACUUUGAGAAAGAUUUAUUUGCGUGACAAAAAGAGUGAGUACACAAAAACAUUGUCUGGUGGAAUGAAACGGAGACUAUCUAUUGGAAUGGCCCUAAUAGGUGAUUCUAAAGUUCUUAUAUUAGACGAACCUACCUCAGGAUUGGAUCCUGAUGCACGUCGUCAAGUGUGGGAUAUACUGCAAGCUGAGCGUCAACAGAAAACAAUCCUAGUUACUACACACUAUAUGGAUGAAGCUGACCAUUUAGGUGACCGUAUCGCAAUCAUGGCUGGCGGUGAACUCAAGUGUUGUGGAUCACCACUGUUCUUGAAAGCAAAAUAUGGUGCCGGUUACUUACUGUCUAUCGUCAAACAAUCCAGUUGUCCAUCUGAUUAUGUAUUAAAACAAGUUAAACAUCACAUCCCUAAUGCAUUUAUACACGCAGUGAUUAUGGUGAAGAGAUCCGCAUACUGCUACCAUUAG